CAGGGGCGGACUGACCAUUUGGAAACUCGGGCACUGCCCGAGGGCCCGGGGUCAGUAGGGGGCCCCAUGAGAUGCCCCUGGUACCUUUUUUCAUAGGCUUUUUUGAGUUUGGGCAAGGACACAGGGGCCCCAUGAUCCCCUAUUGCCCGGGGGCCCCAUGAGUUGUCAGUCCACCCCUGCGCCUGUGUUGUCACUCUGUCAGGUGAGACCCUGGAUAAGGCUACUAGUGGCCAUGCUCACAUUCAUUUGUCAGGGCCCGGGGUCAGUAGGGGGCCCCAUGAAAUGCCCCUGGUACCUUUUUAUAGGCUUUUUUGGUUUGGGCAAGGACACAUGGGCCCCAUGAUCCCCUAUUGCCCAGGGGCCCCAU